CAAGAUAUUUCGGGGGAUUCCCCUAUAAUAUCCAAUUUACUACCUUCUGUAUAAAAAUUCGUAUCUUGAUUUGACAAGCUUUAGAUAGUCUGGUAUUAGUACGCUGCAACUGCAGAAUUCUGGAAUUGGACUUGAUCGUACAAUAUAAUUCAUGGCCAAUAAACGUAUCGCUUCGUCAUCGCGGGAUAAUUGGGGGGAGAAGUUGGCCCGCAAAUCGAUGGAGAUUAGCAAUGGCAACUCCCCUUUCCAUCAUGUUACAUUGAAACAUAGAAGAACAACUUUGGAGAGAGUAGACAAAUUUUUAUCACCAAUUUAUUUUACUGAUGUAAACAUAUUUGGAAGGUUAUAUCAACGACAUGCUCCUGUUAUGUUGAUUAAACAUUUUGGACCAACAAAUUCAACCUUUCAGGAAAUAUCAAAAUGUGAAAAUCAUUUUAAAAAUUUUAUUGUCGGUGAUAAUUUCGGACCAACAUUUUCAAGACAUUGGUUCAAACUGUCCAUUGAAAUACCAUCUUCAUGGAUCGGAGAGAAAGUCCAACUUAUUUGGGACAUGGGUUGCGAGGGAUUGAUAUGGCGAAACAACAAGCCUGUAUUUAGCUUGAAUUAUGAAGAUGAGUUUGGCUUGAAAAAACGUUACAACAUCUAUGAAAAAUUUCAACAACACAAUGAUAGAAGUGUUACAUUAUACAUUUCUGUAUCUUGUAAUCGUCUUCUUGGUGAAGGAAAGAAUGGAAUGAUAAAUCCGACUGAUCUAAAGAAAAUGUUUACGUUGACAAAAGCUGAAAUUGUAACGCUCAACUCAGAUGCAUACAACACUUUUCUUGACUUGUGUCUACUUCAUGAAUUGGCAAAGUCUCUGCCUGAAGAUUCUCAGAGAAGUACUGAAGCACUGUAUUCUGCAAAUGAAAUCAUAAACAUUUUAGUUAAAUCUAAAUUUUCUGAGCAGGGAUACACGAAUGCUAGAGAUAUAUCGAAAAAGUUUUUCAACACAAAGACAAGAGAUGGAGAACACAUUGUUCAUGCUAUGGGACAUUGCCACAUUGAUUCUGCAUGGUUAUGGCCAUACACUGAAACCAUUCAUAAAUGUGCAAGGAGUUGGAUAUCAACACUCACUCUCAUGGAUAAGUUUCCUGAUUUUACAUUUGUUUGCUCUCAGGCACAACAGUUUGAAUGGGUAAAAGAAAAUUAUCCUGAAAUCUACAAGAAAUUGAAAAUUUAUGUCAAAGAAGGAAGAUUUAUUCCUGUAGGAGGAACAUGGAUAGAAAUGGAUGGAAACAUUCCAAGUGGAGAAUCUAUGAUUAGACAAUUUGUGUUUGGACAAAGAUUUUUCCGCGAAGAAUUCGGGAUAACUUGCAAAGAAUUCUGGUUGCCAGAUACAUUUGGAUAUUCUGCUAAUCUUCCACAAAUAAUGAAUGAAGCAGGAAUACAUAAUUUUUUGACUCAGAAAUUAUCAUGGAACUUGGUUAACACUUUUCCUCAUAACACAUUUCACUGGGAAGGAAUCGAUGGUUCAAGAGUGAUUUGCCACUUCCCACCCGGUGACAGUUAUGGAAUGCAUGUAAAGCCAGAAGAGUUGUUGAAAACAAAGAAUAAUCACAAAGACAAAGGAAGAUCUGAUACUUCGGUUUUCUUAUUCGGUUUUGGAGAUGGCGGUGGUGGCCCGACGGAAGGCAUGCUUCAUCGAUUGUCACGCAUGAGUGAUUGUGCUGGACUUCCAAAAGUCAAAAUGUCGACCCCCGAUCAGUUCUUUGGUGACGUUGUCAAAACACAAGAUAAACUUUGUACAUGGGUUGGUGAAUUAUUUCUGGAACUUCACAAUGGAACUUAUACAACACAAGCAAAAAUCAAGAAAUUCAAUCGAAAAUGUGAAAUACUUCUACACAAUAUUGAAUUCAUGUGGACUCUUGCUGAAUCUCAGAAGAAAAAAGAUUUUCCGCCAUAUCCUCGACAAGAAAUUGACAGACUAUGGAAGUUACUUUUAUUAAAUCAAUUUCAUGAUGUUUUGCCCGGAAGCUCAAUUGAACUGGUUAACCAGGAUGCUUGCAAACAUUAUGAGGAUAUUAUGAAAAGUGGUGAAAGUAUGAUAAAUGCAGCCAACAAAUCAUUAUUAAAACAGACAAAGAGAAAAAAGGAAAUUACUUUUUUGAAUUCUUUGUCCUGGGAUAGAAAAGAAGUUGUGUAGCUACCUGAUAAAUCUCUUUCUUUUAUCUUCUGUCCUAGUUUGAGUAUGACAUCUAUUCAUAUCUGUGAAACAAGUCCAGUCAUUGUGGAACCGCAGAAAAAUGGUAUGAUAUCAUUACGGAACAGCAAGCUCAGAUGUACUUUUGAUAAUGGUGGUCGAUUAGUCAGUUUACAAUUGAACAAUGCAGAAAGUAGCAAGGAAUUGGUAAAGUUUUCUCACUUUGGAAAUCAAUUGGUUUUAUUUGAUGAUGUUCCAUUGUUUUGGGAUGCAUGGGAUGUUAUGGAUUAUCAUUUAGAAACAAGGUCACCUGUACUUGAUGUUAUUGAACCACUACAUGUAGGUGAAAAAUCAUGUGAACUGCGUGGAAUUCUAGAAUUUUCUGUACGAAUUGGCGACAAUAGCAAAUUGAAACAAACUAUAGAACUGGAUGCUGAUUCUCCUGUCAUCAGGUUUAAGACAUUUGUUGACUGGCAAGAAAAUCAUAAAUUUUUGAAGGUUGAAUUUCCAUGGAAUAUUCAUUCUGCAAAAGCAACUUACGAAGUACAAUUUGGACAUUUGGAACGACCAAACCAUCAAAACACUUCAUGGGAUAGUGCCAGGUUUGAAGUUUGGGCUCACAAAUGGGCAGAUUUAUCAGAAUAUAAUUGUGGUGUUGCAAUACUCAAUGAUUGUAAAUAUGGAUAUUCAACUUUUGGAAGUACCAUGAGAUUAUCACUAUUGAGGUCGCCAAAAGCACCUGAUGAUAAUGCAGAUAUGGGUGAACAUGAAUUUACAUAUGCAGUCAUGCCUCAUUCGAAAAGUUUACAGGAAUCAGGUGUCAUAAAACAAGCAUUUCAACUCAAUAACCCGUUGCGAGCAUUCGAAGGAAAAGUUGAAAAUGACUUGAAAUUGGCAAAUCUGAACACUGAUGCAGUAAUAUUGGACACAUGUAAAAAAUCAGAUGUUCAUAAGGAUGCUAUACUACUGAGACUUUAUGAAGCAUUUGGGAGUUCAACUGAGUGUGAAAUAACACUUUCCAAUUCAUGUAUUAAAAAAGUUGAAAGGUGCAAUAUACUAGAAGAACCCAAAGAAUCAUGCGAUAUUGAAAUCAAUGAAAAUCAUAGCUUUACUUCUUCUUUUUCACCAUUUCAAAUUCAAUCUUUUCUUGUUUGGUUGGGUUGAACCCCAUCAGAUUAUUAAUGUGUCAAUGAAAUAUAAUUGUCUGUAAUAAUUGCUAUUGUCAUUUUGCCAAGUAUACUUUUAUUCCUUGGGACAGAUCUUAACAAUUUCUCAAUGAUAUUAUUUUGCCACAUGAACUUUACGGUAUAAGCCAUCAAGUCAAUUUUAUCAGGUCUCUCAAAAUGCCAGCAUUUAUCUCACUGAAGUAUGAUACUCCAUAUAUCCAUUCAUUCAGUGUUGAUAUUGAUUGCAAUGCUUUGCUUUUGAAACACAUUGUUAGAAGCACUGGCAUCAUUUAUUAAUUUGAAUUUGCCUAAUGCUUUGGUGCCAUAUGUGUGUACACUGCACACUGUAUUAGUGACAACUCUGACAUCCUGUUGAUAUAUUUAAACGUACUGUUACUGGAAUAUAUAAGACAAUAAUUCCACUGCAUACCAUCAUAAUUCUCUGGUGAUAGUCUAAUAAAAGUGGUAUCUUCAGAA